AUGGACAUCAUUCCACGCCAAAGCCUGGAGGGAGUAGUACCCCUUGGAAUUUCCUAUGGUGGCUUUAUAGCUGGUGUGUGGACUUCUGUUGCCGUGUCAGGGCUAAUGCUUUUCUGCCGGCUUUUUUCCCGCUUCCGAGGUCCACGUCGACUAUUCUGGGAUGAUGUGUUUGCGAUCUCUGCUUACAUCUUAGUUUUGAUCACUGGAGCAGUAUGGCAGUGGGGAGCAAAAGACAUGUACUACGUGCUUGGCGUUCAAGCGGGUAUCGAGCAAUACGUGCAGGAGUUUUUCCUUCCAAGAAUGAGAGCAUGGCUCACUGCGUCGAUAAUUGCAGAGCUCUUCUUCUAUACCGCUCUCCUCCUCAUCAAGCUAGCGUUCUUGUUCUUUUUCAAACGCCUCGGUAACGGUAUAGACCACUUCAAGUGGGUUUGGUGGCCUGUGUUUGUCAUCACAGUGGGCAGCUAUCUCGGUGCUAUUGGCAACGUCAAGUACAGCUGCCUCAUUGGUCCGCUUGAAGCAAUCCUGGCCGAAUGUAAUACUGAACCAACAAUCAAAUUCGUUGUCAAUACUCUCUACGCCAAUUGUGCACUAGACGUGUUAACGGAUUUCCUGAUCAUGCUCCUCCCUACGAUUUUGCUCUGGAGAACCAAGAUCCGACUGGCUAAGAAACUUGCAAUCCUUGGUCUCUUCUCGCUAUCACUUAUCACCAUAGCCAUCGCCAUCGCUCGAGUCGCUGACAUCAACGUGACGAAGAGACCAGACGGGAAUCUUGAUAACUCAUAUCUUUGGCUAUGGAGUGUAAUUGAACCAAGUGUCGCUAUUGUUGUGUCUUCUCUAUCCGCAUUCCCUCAGCUAUUUACACAAGCGUCACGUAAUAAGAAGCCUGCCUUCACUCCUUCGGAGACAUAUCUCAGGAUGAUGGCGCAUAUACGCUCGAAAAAGAAACAGGCAAACAACAGUUGGACGGAACUAAUUUCUGUUUCACAGCCCACUGCCUUCGACGGAUACCACUUCAUUCCUGGGCCUGAAGUUUCGUCUCAAAAGAGCCAAGAUUGCGAGCAACCUAGGCUGGUCCCCAAAACUCACAGACCUGUCGUUCAUGCUUAUAGAGGGGCACACCAUGGUGUGCCUGACGGUCCUACAGACCAAAUCAUGCAGCAGAUUGAGUUUACUGUUACGAAGUAA